AUGUCUCAACUUGACUACGAGGACCAUGUAGAGGACAAUCCAUGGCGCCCCGUGCGCAUAGUCCUGUUCAUUCUCUGGGCCAUCCACUUCUUCGUCUGCGUGUUCACAACUGUUGGCGUCUUUGCUCAAGCCUCUACAGCGUCUCUCGACUUCCAUACCGCUAUGAGUAUCAUUAGCAUUCUAUUGAUCGAUGUACUGUACAUUCGUCAGAUGCAUUUGUAUGCCAUCGGCAAGCUUGAGCCUCUUAAUGCAGCACACAUGCAUAGUAUCCAAUGUGUGAUGGUUGCGUGGUUGAUGAUGGAGAUCUUCACGAUAUCAUUGCACGAGAUGUUUGGACUCUUCAUAUUCUUGUAUAGUGCCGUGUUUGCGUCGACCUUUUUGAUACUGUUGAGCGUGAGUCUUGGGGUUCUUACUACGAGCCUCCGAAAAAAUCGCGGUAUCCAGCUGCCUGUGCUCAACAUAAAGAUUUGA